AUGAGCCACCUCUUCGGUCCCCGGCUGCCUGCUCUGGCCGCCUCGCCCAUGCUCUAUCUGUACGGCCCCGAGAGACCUGGGAUGCCUCUGGCCUUCGCCCCCGCGGCCGCUCUGGCGGCCGCGGGACGGGCGGAGCCCCCGCAGAAGCCACCCUACAGCUACAUCGCGCUCAUAGCCAUGGCAAUCCAGGACGCGCCCGAGCAGAGGGUCACGCUCAACGGCAUCUACCAGUUCAUCAUGGACCGCUUUCCCUUCUACCACGACAACAGGCAGGGCUGGCAGAACAGCAUCCGCCACAACCUCUCGCUCAACGACUGCUUCGUCAAGGUGCCCCGCGAGAAAGGGCGACCGGGCAAGGGCAGCUACUGGACACUGGACCCUCGCUGCCUGGAUAUGUUCGAGAAUGGCAACUACCGUCGCCGGAAGAGGAAGCCCAAGCCGGUCUCCGGGGCCCCGGAGGCCAAGCGGUCUCAUGCCCAGACGCACGAGCGCGGCGUAGGGACGCAGCCAGACGCCGAGAGCCAGGAAAGACGCCCUGGCCCCGCGACCCCCAGCCACGAGGGAGCGCCCGCGCGUCCCUGGCCCCUCCGGAGGGGCUCCUCUACGCCAGCGCCUCUCCUCUGCCCCGGGCCCGAGCCCCCAGGGCAGGAUGCGGGCGACGACGUCCAGGUUGCAGCGGCAGUGGCGGUGGGCCAGCAAGAGCGCACGAUGGAUGGUCCGGGGUCCCCUCCGCGCCCCGCCUCUCCGAAGAGCUCCGACAAGUCCAAGAGCUUCAGCAUAGACAGUAUCCUGGCGGGACGGCAGGACCAGAAGCCAAAUGCAGGGGCCGAGCUCCUGGGAGUUGCCAAGCAGGGACCCGGCGGCUGUCUGGGGACCUCGCUUCUUGCCACCCCCACUAACCUCCGUCCGCCUUUCAACGCUUCCUUAAUGCUCGACCCGCAUGUCCAGGGUGGCUUUUACCAGCUCGGGAUCCCUUUCCUCUCCUACUUCCCUCUGCAGCUCCCCGACACCGUGCUUCAUUUCCAGUAA